AUGCCUAACGUUCUCAUCCUCGGCGGCACCGGCUACCUUGGCCUUUCACUCGCCAAAUCCUUGCUCCGUGCCGGCACAUAUACAGUCUGGGGUACUGCACGGAGCCCGGAAAAAGCGAAGAACCUGCUCAUCAAUGAAAUCACUCCGGUGGAAGACGACAUCACGAACCCUGAAACCCUGAGCCAAGUUAUUUCUACAAACGCCAUCGACAUCGUGGUGGACGCGUCGUCCGCCUACGAGCAGUACGGCCAAAUCCUGGCUGCAGUUAUCAGCGCAUCCAAGGCCCGGAAAGACGCUCUCUCAAAGGAAAAGAUCCUCGCUCCCAAGCUCGGCUUCGUUUACGUUUCUGGAUCAUGGGUCCAUGGCUCCCCUCCCACCCGCGUCAGCGACCUUUCCCCUGUCGGCAGCAACCUUUCCGCAGACAAGCCUGCAACUGCUACUGCGUGGCGACCAGCUCAUGAACAAGCGAUUCUUGCCGCUCGAGACACUUUGGAUGUGGCGAUUGCUCGACCUGGUGCUAUGUAUGGUCGCAGCUCCUGGGUGUUCGAUACCUGGUGGAGUGUUUUGUUGGAGGCUUCGAAAACCGGGAAUACAGACACGGUCCAAGUGCCUGCUAAUAAGGCUGCACGGACUGGUAUCCUUCAUGUGGACGACGCCGCGACUGCCGUGCACUUGAUCAUCGACCGCCUCGAUGGCCGACUAGGCGCAUGGCCGAUAUUCGACCUUGUGACCGAGACGGUUUCUAUCGUCGAGAUCAUGGAAGCCGCAAAGGCUGUGCUGGAUGUGAAGGCGUCUCUGGAGCAUACCGGCACUCACGGGAAUCCGUUCUUGGAGGCCCUGAGCCUGGUUUGCAAUUCGAACGCAUCUCGGGCGAAGAUCGUAUUGGGAUGGGAACCAAAGCGCACCGAGUUCUUGUUGAACAUGUCAACCUACGUCAAAGCGUGGCAGGCUUCGCAAUGA